GAUACUGGGACAGGGGAAGGGGUUUGGGGUUGCAGAACUGUGUAGAGGUGGGAAGGAAAUAAAAGAGAGACUAUCCUCUCCUGCACCUCUUCUCCUGGAGAGGACAGAAGGUCAAAGUAACAUCCAGUCAGACUUUGCAUGGCAUGAGGCAGAAACAGGAUUUUCUAGCAUGACAAUGCAGGCAAAGCUCAGAGCAACUCCAGGUUGGAAACAUCAUGAUGCAAGUUGGAUGGAUGGGGAAAGAGUAGAAAACAAUGGUCUGCCAAACAGGGAAAGAAUCUUUAACUAAAGGGUAUCUCUCUCCUCAUUUUUAACAAAUUCUCACUGUGACGAAGUUACUUUGCCCUGAAAGCUGAUAAAGGUACUCCUGCAAAACCCUUACCCGUGAUGAUUCCACCAUCUGCAACCAGCCCUGUCAGUGAUGCUGCACUCUUGCCAAGUGUGGCUUCUCAGGAAGUGUGGAGGUCACCAGUUCCAGGCUAUUCUGGAUUGGUCACACGGCACAUAAGUCAUCGGGCCAACAACUUCAAGAGACAUCCAAAAAGAAGAAAACAUAUCCGCCCUUCGCCACCACCACCACCAAAUACUCCAUGUCCUAUUGAUUUGAUUGACUUUGGGGAUCUCCAGCCUCAGAGGACUUUCUUGGAACUCCUGUUCAAUGGGUGCAUUCUCUUUGGGCUUGAAUUCAGCUAUGCCAUGGAAACAGCUUAUGUUACCCCUGUGCUGCUUCAGAUGGGGCUUCCAGACCAACUGUAUGGAAUGGUAUGGUUCAUCAGCCCUAUAUUAGGAUUUUUGCUACAGCCUUUGCUGGGAGCCUGGAGUGACAGAUGCACAUCAAGAUACGGGAGAAGAAGACCUUUCAUUCUGGUCUUAGCAGUAGGGGCAUUGCUUGGCCUCUCACUUAUGCUGAAUGGCAAAGAUAUAGGGAGUGCCUUGUCUGACACUGAGAAUAACCACAAAUGGGGGAUCAUUCUUACGGUCUGUGGUGUUGUCCUCAUGGACUUCAGUGCAGAUUCAGCAGACAAUCCCAGUCAUGCCUACAUGAUGGAUGUAUGCAGCCCAGUGGAUCAAGACAGGGGCCUCAACAUCCACGCUUUGUUAGCAGGUCUUGGAGGUGGCUUUGGUUAUGUUGUUGGAGGAAUACACUGGGAUAAAACCAGUUUUGGAAAAGCUGUAGGAGGGCAACUUCGCGUCAUCUAUGUCUUCACCUCAGUUAUACUGACUAUUGCUACCGUGCUGACUCUAAUUAGCAUUCCAGAAAGACCCUUAAGGUCCUUUAGCAGGAAGAAAAAGGUGAUGAAGAGUCCAAGUCUUCCUCUCCCUCCUUCUCCACCUUUCUUCUUUGAGGAGGGUGUAAAUGAAAACUUUACUUCUCAUAACUCAGCUCACUUACAUGCAAGUUUUACGAGUCCCGUUUCCCCCAUCAGCCCGCUCACACCAAAAUACGGGAGUUUUGUCAGCAGAGACAAUUCUUUGACGGGAAUUAAUGAGUUUGCAUCAUCAUUUGGGACUUCAAAUAUUGACAGUGUGCUUAUAGACUGUUUUACAGAUGGGCACAAUAGUUAUGUAGCACUUCCAGCUAGUUUGGCCAGGCAGCCUGUCAGUGUUAGCUUUCCUCAGGUGCCUGAUGGCCGUUACCAAGGAGAAAAUGGAGUUCUGGAGCAAGGGGAGAGCAGCAUAACAUCUGACGGUGACGCGCUAAGAGUGGGCUCACUGGAUGCAAUAAAGCCACGGUCAUCAGGGAUCUUGAAAAGACCUCAGACCUUGGCCAUUCCAAAUACCAUAACAGGACACUGCCCAGAGAGUAACAGAAGAAGAAAUGUAACCUUCAGCCAACAGGUUGCUAAUAUCUUGCUGAAUGGUGUUAAGUAUGAGAGCGAGCUGAAUGAAUCAGACGAGACCUCUGAGCAACCACUCUCUGUGAAACUGCUUUGUUCGACCAUCUGCCAGAUGCCCAGGGCUCUUCGUAACCUCUGCAUCAACCACUUCUUAGGAUGGCUUUCGUUUGAAGGGAUGUUACUCUUCUAUACUGACUUCAUGGGAGAAGUAGUGUUUCAAGGGAAUCCAAAAGCACCUCACAACUCAGAUGAGUAUCAGAAGUACAACGCUGGGGUCACCAUGGGCUGCUGGGGAAUGUGCAUCUAUGCAUUCAGUGCUGCUUUCUAUUCAGCCAUGCUGGAGAAGCUGGAGGAACGGUUCAGCACACGGACGCUGUACUUUGUGGCAUAUUUGGCCUUUGGGCUGGGCACGGGCCUGGCCACCCUCUCCAGAAACGUCUAUGUGGUGCUGUCACUGUGCGCUACCUACGGCAUUCUGUUCGCCACGCUCUGCACGUUGCCCUACUCCCUGCUCUGUGACUACUACCAGAGCCGUGAGUUUAUAGGCUCGCAGGCAGAGGGCAUGCGGCGCGGGAUGGGUGUUGACAUCUCCUUGCUGAGCUGCCAGUACUUCCUGGCACAGAUCCUGGUGGCUCUGGCCAUGGGGCCACUGACAGCGGCUGUGGGCAAUGCCAGCAGUGCCAUGUACUUCGCCAGCCUGGUGUCCUUCCUGGGCUGUCUCUUCUCCUCCCUCUGUGUCACCUACGAGCUACUGCCCACCGAGGAGCUUCCACCUGCUGAGGAGCAGCGUCCGCUCUUGCCCCAUGCGCAGAAUGAAUAAAUGGGAGAAGCUGCCACAGCCUCUGCUGCCUCAUUGCAUCACCCUCAGCCUUCCUAUUGUGGCACAACAGGCUUGCGCACCUCUAGGAUGGCAGCAGCGGGCAUGGCAAAUGACGAGAAAAGUCUGCACUGGCUUUGCUGAGCUUUCCCCUGCCUGUGGGAAGGAUCCGGGCAUAGGUUUCUCUAACAAAGGAUAACAAAUCUUGUUGCAAUAGCCAAUGGAACAGUCAACAGAGGAAAUCACAGCAUAAAGGAAGAUUUUUUUGAGUUGUGCAGAACUCUUUGGGGAAGAGGGGAAAGUGAAAAUAGAGCUGAAUAAGUUUAAUGCUUCUUCCUACCAAGAAAGGAAAAUAUUUUCUCCUUUUGCCCUAACUCUUGCUGUAUUUAGUGAAGUGUCUACAGCACAGAUCUAGUCUUGAACCUCGAUCCCUAUGUGCUACAUUAUUAUGUAUGGCCCCUUUAAGCAA